AUGGAAGACAGUCGUCCCAGGACUCUUGUGCAACAGUUUGGAGUUCGAGUGCUGAGUCCCCCUUUCUCAGUGCAGAUCAUUUCCGUGACACCGCAGAAUGUCUUUGAGGUGCCCAUUGUCAAUCCAACACUUGACCUUGAAGUAUUCAGUGUUGAGAUCAGACUCAAUGCUUCGUUGGACUUUGAGAGAGUCCGCAUGUACACUGUGUACCUAAGGGUGGACUCUGCCAAUGGUACUGUACAGCAGAGCUUCAAUGUGCAUGUUACAGAUGUCAAUGAGCCACCAGUGUGUGACCAUUUCUUUCAGUUCCCAGGUGCAGAAGUCCAGAUCCCUGAGAGUCUAUCUGUCCCUGUGAGGGUUUACAAUGUCUUGGCAUCCGACCCUGAUGAGAAGGACAUGCUCACUUACACUAUAAGCAAAGUGCAGCCCAUUUCAUCUAGAAAACAAUUUCAGAUUGAUGGCACUGGUGUUGUGACUUCUAAUCAAAGUUUUGAUUACCAAAAUGGGCCACAAGAUUUUGUUGUCUCUGUGACUGUCAGUGACCAACAUGGUGCAAACUGCAGUGGCACCAUCCACAUCAAGGUCCUUAAAGUCUUUAUUCAUCCCCUCACAUUCAUACAUCCUUCCCAGAAUGUCUCCAUCGUUGAGAAUAAAGGCAAUGAUGAUUUUGUGGCGACUGUCACUGCCAACGCCUCUGAUAUAAGUUACACCUUUGUGGAAAUUUACCCACCAUAUAAGAUAGACAAAGGAAAUGCCCACAGGUGGAGUAUUGAGCUGACCAGCUGGGCCUAUCAGGAAUCCUGACAUUGCACUAACAGCAUUCCUCUGUCACUUAUUGCAGAUA